GUUCGUGCUUAUCUCCCUUCUUUUUCUUCGUUUAGUCGAGACAAUUUCAUCGAUUGAUAAUAUUAUAUGAUAUUUCUUUAGGUUUCGUCUGUUUUUACAUCGUUGAAGCUAAUCAGAUGAAAGAUGUAGCAUAAGAAAAUAUCGUAAUUAAUUCAAAAUCUAUGUACAUAUUACAUAAAUGAUCAAAAUGCAAUCUAUCUAGAAGAAAUGAUUGCAUCGUAUAAGUUUGUAAGAUAAUAAUGAUUUGAUUUUUUCUACCGAAAACGAUUAUUACCUUACACAAUGCAACAAUUACACAAAUAUCACAAAAGUUGCCGUCUCUGGUAAAUCAUGAGUUAUAUCGUUCUUUGAUGACAGUUAAUUAGAACUGCCUGUCAACAUCAGAUCUGACAAACGUCAUUCGUGUUAUUUAUGCUCCAGUUUACACGCAGACAGUUCGAUGGUAAUGUGAGGAGCCUUUUAUUUUUUAGGAAGAGAAACGAAAUACAGAGACAAAUGGUCCAUUUCUAAAACGAUAAAGUUAACGAGUUGAUGCACAUUGAUCAUGACAUUGAUUUAUACAAACUAAGCGGAGUUACGAUAUUCAAGGCUAACGGAACAGCUAUUACAGUACAAAGUAGCGAUUAGGAGCGAGAGGGAGAUCUUUUAAAUAUAUCUCCGAAUUGUACGCAAGCAGAACCGUCAUCUGGAACAGAUUGACCACGUCGACAAAGUUGCUUAGCACGUGUGUUUUUACGCUCCGACCUUCUGAAAUCCCAAUGCUCGUCAAAACAGAUCAGCUAAACAGAAAUGUGUACAUGUCUAUUGUAAAACAAUAAAUUUAUUGUAGCAUUGCAUCAUCGUUCGUUUGGCUCGCCAAAGAAAAUCUGUUUCUCUCUGCGUUUAGAUGUGAAAUGUUGAAAAUCGUUCCUCGUGCUUUCUCUAAUUUUCGACCGUUGCGUCCAUGGUCUCGCUUUUACGGUUGCAUGCAUUAUGUUGGAAAUAGAACUAGACACACUAUGUUACAUAUAAAUUGUUUGAUAAUUGAAUCGCAAAGUAUUUGCGAGUUGUACAGUCCGUACGCAACCGUUGUUCUACAUUUCCCGAUCUACACUUAGUGAAAAUAAGCGAGGCGGAAGAUGAACGGGCAAAGCGAAUACUCAUCAUAUAAGGCACGGUUCUGGAAGGAGGUGUCAGUUGGAAAGUGCGAGCUCUCGUACGAAGAACGAGAAACGGAACGUUUCGGUCUGAGCGAUCGACAUGAAAUCGAAGCUGCGUUCUCUGUUCCUGCUCGCGCUCUUCUUUUCCGCGAACACGUCACUAGGAAAAGAGAAAUCACAAGACACACCGUGUAUCGACGAUAACAAGUUUUAUCGAAAUCCCAAUGCACCGGCGCAUAAUGUUUGGUCGCCUGGCGAAUGUGCCAAGUAUUAUCUUUGCUUAGAUAACGAAGUGUUUGAAUUCAGAUGCUCUCAGGGGUUGCUGUUCGAUGUUUCCAGACAAGUAUGUGAUUUCAAGGCGAACGUCGACAACUGCGAUGUAAUGUCAGAGUCGCAACCACCGAGACCGCUCCUCGAGGACGGUGAUUGCGGAGAGAAACAUUUAGCUUGCGGGGAUGGUACGUGCUUCCCAGCUACGUACUUCUGCGAUGGAAGCGUUGAUUGUCCAGAUGGUUCCGACGAAGGCUGGUGCGAUAUUCAAGAUGAUCCAAAUGGCGCGCUACCUUGUAACCCGGAGCAAUGUCAGUUGCCGAAUUGUUGGUGCUCCAAGGACGGAACGCAAAUUCCUGGAAAUUUGACGACAUCGAUGGUACCGCAAAUGAUAACAAUUACAUUUGAUGAUGCCGUAAACGCGGAGAAUUUUGAGGUUUUCUCUAAAAUAUUUUCAAACGAUAGAAAAAAUCCCAAUGGAUGUCCUAUUCGAGGAACUUUCUACGUCAGUCACCAGUAUACUAAUUAUAGAGACGUACAAUAUUUAUGGAACGUUGGACACGAAAUCGCCGCGCACUCCGUCACGCAUCGAGGACCGGAAGAUUGGUGGUCGAGAAAUGCCACCAUCGAGGACUGGUUCGACGAAAUGGUCGGUGUGGCGAAUAUUAUUAAUAAAUAUGCUGCAGUUCGUUUAGAAGAUAUUAAAGGUUUGAGAACGCCAUUUUUACGAGUUGGUUGGAAUCGACAGUUUUUAAUGAUGUCAGAGUUUGGAUUUGUCUACGACUCGUCCAUGAUAGCGCCGUUUUCUAAUGUACCUGUAUGGCCUUACACAUUGGACUACAGACCACCGCACAAUUGCGUAGGUCUCGAGCAACUUUGCCCAACUCGUGCGUAUCCAGGUGUUUGGGAACUACCAAUAAAUCAACUUUUGGCAGGUCAAUACACCUGCGCAAGAAUGGAUUCGUGUCCUUCGGACUUGUCAGGUGAAGAUGUAUACAAAAUAUUGAUGCUGAAUUUUAAAAAACAUUACCUUAGCAACCGUGCGCCUCUGGGUCUACAUUUUCAUGCAUCUUGGUUCCAAAAUCCGUCGUACUUUUACGCAUUUAGUAAAUUUACGGACGACGUACUGCGAUUGAACGAUGUCUACUUCAUAACGACUUAUCAGGUAAUCGAAUGGAUGCGUAAACCAACAUCCUUAAAUGCAAUUGAAACGUUUAAGCCGUGGCAAUGUAACUGGCGAAAAUUCCAGCCGUUCGAAAUCGCUUGCAAUUUACCGAAUAGUUGCAAAUUACCAAGUAGAGUUCUUAAAUCGUAUCGCUAUUUACAUACAUGUUUUGAUUGUCCUAAAGAGUAUCCUUGGUUGAGGAAUGAAUUUGGAAUGGAAUAAUAUCAAU